AGAGACUGAAGGAAGCCGAGAAUUGGAAAAUUCAGAAAAGUCAACAUGAGUGACUCAAUUUCUUCAUCGGGCUUCCCCGAGGAGGUUUCAACUUUCCCCGAGAAACGAGUCUGGCACCGAAGCACACUUUUUAAUGCCUUCAUCAUUGGAGGUGUUGGAUUCCUGGCUCCCGGUUUGUGGAAUGCAAUGAACUCUCUGGGUGCAGGUGGUGCUGAAUCGCCUUACCUGAUCAAUGCGGCCAAUGCUUUGGUUUUUGGAUUGAUGGGAUUCCUGUGUGUCUUUGGUGGUCCAAUUGCCAAUCGUAUUGGAAUGAACUGGACUUUGCUCUUGGGUGCAGCUGGCUAUCCAGUUUACUCGGCUGCAUUGUAUACGAACAAUCGCUAUGGCAACGAGUGGUUUGUGUUGCUCGGAGCAGUGGCGUGUGGAUUAUCAGCUGGCCUGUUCUGGGCUUCUGAGGGUGCGGUGGCACUUGGUUAUCCUGAGCCAACAAAGAGAGGCCAAUACAUGAAUAUCUGGCUUUGGUUCCGGACAGGUGGACCUUUGCUCGGAAGUGCCAUUGUCCUUGGAUUGAAUCACUCUGCCGUUGCGAAGAAGAAGGGUAAAGUUGGAUCCGAGACGUAUCUCAUUUUCGUCGCAUUGCAGUGUCUGGCUGUCCCGCUAGCAUACUUCCUUACUCGGCCAGAGAAGGUUCAACGCAGUGACGGAAGUAAAGUCAAGGUUAUUGCGCAGGACUCGUGGCGAGCGGAAUUUUAUGAGCUUUGGAGAGUUUCUGCUCGUAAGGAGAUUUUGUUGCUACUACCCAUUUUCUGGGCAGCAUACUUCAACCAGUAUACCGGCAAUUUUCAAGUGUACUAUUUCGGAGUUCGUGCCCGAGCCUUGAUCGGCCUCGUCUCGUAUCUCGCCGCUCUCCUCUCAUCCUGGCUUGUCAGCCGCUUCCUGGAUUAUCAAGGACUCAGCGUGAAGCUUCGCAUUACCUACAGUUUCUUCUACGUCCUUUCUGUCCAUAUCCUUGCCUGGGUCUAUGGCUGGGUAGUUCAGGAGCAGUACACGGCCAAUCCUCCUUCCUACGACUGGUCCGACAAGGGCUUUGCCAAGGGAAUGUUUGUGAUUAUUCUCUGGCAAUUCGCCCAGCAAGCUCUGCAAAACUGGCUCUACUAUCUUCUCUCUACUAUGACCGACAACAUUUCUGAGCUUUCACGUUUGUCCGGAGUCCUCCGUGGACAGGAGAGCUUUGCCCAGGCUGUUUCAUACGGCCUCAAUACCCGGGAAUGGUAUGGUGGCAGAGUUCCCUUGGCGGUAAAUACGAUUCUGCUUGGCCUAGCUGUGCUGCCUACGUGGCUUGUUGUCAAGGAUCAUACUCCUAUUGAGCAUUCCAAGAGUGUGGACACUUGGGAUUCGCCUCAAGAUGAAGAGCAACCUCUUCCUCAGAAGGGCGACCGUGAUAUCAACAAGGCCAGUCCGGUGGUCGAUGCGAAUGAGGUCACGAAGUAAUGCCACAGCUGAAGUACGACACUCCAGGGGGCGAGAAAAAAAAUUGCAUGCGAGUUGCACCUAACUUAGAUUAAUACUGGAUGAAACGAUCGAAGCCGCUAGCUUAACCUGGUUGGCACAUAGAAGAGGACAAAUAGAUAAUAAAAUGAUGAACUGAAG